AUUUAAUGUCACCAUUAUGUCAGAAAAAAUUUUAAAAUAAAUAUUGAUAUGCCCUGUGGCGUUAUUUCACAGGAUGAACGGUUGAUUUGAUAACUAUGGACGCGGUAGCGAAACGUAACUUUCCUACCGCGGGGAAGGGCCGCGGCGCCGAUGCUCAAGCGAAAGACGGACCUAGAUCCACUGUAAAAGCGAUUGGACCGUACGUACAAUGCAAUAUAUGCGGUAGACUAUGUUCUCGCCGUGGUCACAUAAAGUGUGCCGAGUGCAAGGAAUUUCAUCUUUGUGUGAAAUGCUUUUCUCAAGGACUCGAGAAACCUAUUGAAGAUGCCCAAUCUAAGUCAUUUGUUCAACUUCCUGUUACUUCUGGUGCCCGGGAGCAUAAAAAUGACCACAAGUACACUCCUGUUGGUCCUAAUGACUUUGCAUUAUUCACUAAAGACUGGAGUGCAGAGCAGGAGAUGCUUCUGGUGGACGGUAUUGCUAAGUACGGUCUGGGCAAUUGGCCCGAGAUUAGUGAUAUGGUAUCAAUGACUUCCGUUGGCUACAAGCCAUGGGAGGAGUGCCAGCAGCAUUACUACAAUAUAUAUCUCAACUCUCCCACCGCUCCAUUACCUGAUAUGACGAGUGUGAUACACGGUCCGAAUGGUGAGCCUAUUCCCGUUCCUCGCAGUACUGAGGUUCCUCCGGAGGAGGAUCCACAGGCGUCUCAACCCACCAAGCCUGCUAAUAAGCCACAAGUUGUUGGCUACUGGCCCCUUCGGGGUGAUUUUGACAUUGAGUAUGACAACGAUGCGGAGUUAAUAUUAGCUGAUAUGGAGUUCAGGGCUGACGACACUCCUGAGCAGAUAGAGCUCAAGCUGAAGGUCAUUGAAAUAUAUAAUUCCAAGCUUGAUGAACGUAUUUAUCGCAAAAAGAUCAUCAUCUCUAGGGGUCUGCUUGAUGCAAAAGCUCUUCAACAGAAGGAACGGCGAUACACUGGGGAGGAAAAGGAGUUGUACAACAUUUUGCGACCAUUCCUCAGGUUCCAAACUGUGGAAGAGCACGAUUACACUGUUCGCCUACUUGUGCGUGAGCGCAAGCUUAGAACGCGUCUCUUUCAACUGAUGACAUGGAGGGCCCUAGGUCUUGAGAAGAUUGAGGAUAUUUCCAAGUAUGAGGACCGAAUGGUGCGCAUAGACGCCUACAAGGAGCAGAUGAAGCAUGAAGACCCCGGUCGCCGUGUUGAGCGUCGUCUUAGGAACCCUCAAGUUGAUCAGGAAUCGCCUACAUUUGGCAGCAACAAGAUGAAGUUAACCGAUUUUUUGGAGGAAAAGGAAAUGCAGUUCUGCGAGGCUCUUCAGUUACCACCAGUAGCAUAUUUCCUCGCCAAGCGUGUAAUGUUGCAUGAGUUGGCUUGCAACCCAUCUUACACUAUAGAUGACAUGUGCAACGAGUUGAAGGUUGAUGGUACAAAACACGGUCGUAUUUUCGACUUAUUAUUAACGCUAUCACCUCGUUGUUUGGGUGACAUUCCUAACCAGGUAGCCGAUCUUUCUAAGGCCACUUUGGACUCCAAUGGCUUCCUGAGCAGCAACGGGAUUGCUUCACAAAUGGUUAUGUUUUCCCCUAACAAGAACUCACAGCGCACUACACCUAACCGGGUUUUAAACUAUUUCACACCUCGAGAUUCGCCUACCGAGAAGAUACCUAAGCAGCAUAAGCCCAACUGAGGCUAUAUUAAAUAGGUCUAACCUAA